AUGCCACGCUCCUUCCUGGUGAAGAGUAAGAAGGCUCACACCUACCACCAGCCCCGUGUUCAGGAGGAUGAACUGGCCUGGCCUCCUGCCCUGGCCCCCGUGGCCAGGGACCAGGUCCCGAGCAAUGGCCCUGUCCUCGGCACCUUGUUUCCAAACCAGUGCCUGGAGUGGACCAACCUCAAACGAGAGCCUGAGCCAGAGCUGGACCAGAGCUUGACCAGGCUGGCCUUGGCACCAGAGGGCCCUGUUGUGAUGUCCCAAGCCCAGGAUGGUGACUCACCACCCUCCGACUCACCCCCAUUCUACAAGCCCAGCUUCUCCUGGGAUGCGUUGGCCUCGUCCUAUGGCCAUAGCUACCAGCAGACUCCCUCCACCAUGCAGUCUGCCUUCUUGGAGCACUCCGUCAGCCUGUAUGGCAGCCCAUUAGUGCCCAGCGCUGAGCCCCCCUUGGACUUCAGCCUCCGCUACUCACCAGGCAUAGACGUGUACCACUGCCUCAAGUGCAACAAGGUGUUCUCCACCCCCCAUGGGCUCGAGGUGCAUGUCCGCCGCUCCCACAGCGGGACCCGGCCCUUUGCCUGUGACGUCUGCGGCAAAACCUUUGGCCAUGCCGUGAGCCUGGAGCAGCACACACACGUCCACUCCCAGGAGCGAAGCUUCGAGUGCCGGAUGUGUGGCAAAGCCUUCAAGCGCUCGUCCACCCUGUCCACCCACCUGCUCAUCCACUCAGACACGCGGCCCUACCCCUGCCAGUUCUGUGGCAAGCGCUUCCACCAGAAGUCGGACAUGAAGAAGCACACCUACAUCCAUACUGGUGAGAAGCCACACAAAUGCCAGGUGUGCGGGAAGGCAUUCAGCCAGAGCUCCAACCUCAUCACCCACAGCCGGAAGCACACAGGCUUCAAGCCCUUCACCUGUGAGCUGUGCACCAAGGGUUUCCAGCGCAAGGUGGACUUGCGACGGCAUCGCGAGAGCCAGCACAACCUCAAGUGA